UGAAAUGCCUUCAAAGUUUUCAAGUAACCAGAUUUAUUUGAUACCAGCAAUUUUAUAAUUAUUCCUUCAUCAUUCAUACAGCCUAAUUACUAAAAUUGAGACACUAAUGGUGCAAAAACCCUAGAGGUUACUGCUCUCAAAGAAUAAGUCGGAACAAAUAUUGAUGGACUUCGCAUGCCCUUGGUCAGUACAGAAUAAUAGGUUCAAAUAAUCAAGAUAUUUAUAUUAUUGGUCAUAUUUCCGAUUUGAGUAUUUUUAUGUGCAAUCUGGCAUCCUCUAUACUUCAAAAUAAUUAUCUUACAAGACUUCUUAGUAAUUACUAUAGGCUUUAUUUUAUUAUUGUAUACCUCAGAGAUUUUACCUAAUAUGCUUAGUAGGUGUGUAUGAGGGUGAUUACAUAAUGGGCCUCAUCAAAUACAAAAUUGAAUACAUUUCUAAUUUUUUGAACAAUUUAGGCCAUAGUAGAUCAAGCUCUCCAGGUUUAAUUAAUAUCAUUAAAUGAGAGGCUCAGUGUACUGAAGUUCUAAUGGAACGAUUAUUUCAUUAAAAUGAGAGAUCCUUAAUUCUUCGUUAAGUGUUAAUGCAACGAUGACAAAAAUGUAAAAGAAAUUUAAUUAAAGUUCAUAAUAACCCUUAUAAUUUAUCUGAAAUUCACAGAUUUAUCUUCUUCAAUGCCAAAGGGGUAAAAUACUCUAUGCCUAUUCCUUUACAUAAAGGCAGACUUUUAUGGAGGCCUAUAAACUAG